UCCAGAUAACAUGGAUCGGUUAUUGCGCCUGGGCGGAGCAGGUAUGGGAGGAAUGGGUGGGUCCGCCCCACCCUCGGAUUCUCCAGUAGUAGAUACAGCUGAGCAGGUUUAUAUCUCAUCUCUAGCUCUACUCAAGAUGCUCAAACAUGGACGUGCAGGAGUACCUAUGGAGGUUAUGGGACUUAUGUUAGGAGAGUUUGUUGAUGAAUACACAGUCAGAGUUAUUGACGUGUUCGCUAUGCCUCAAUCAGGUUGCUUUAGUCUUCAGCAGCUUGUUGGUAUGGACAUGAGUUGGGAGUACAUCCCCCACCAGGCGAAGAUGUUGGAUAUGCUGAAGCAGACUGGUCGACCUGAGAUGGUUGUUGGUUGGUACCAUUCCCAUCCUGGCUUCGGUUGCUGGCUCUCAGGGGUAGACAUCAAUACACAGCAGAGCUUCGAGGCCCUUUCAGACAGAGCUGUUGCUGUUGUGGUUGAUCCAAUCCAGUCUGUCAAGGGAAAGGUUGUUAUCGAUGCUUUCCGUCUCAUCAACCCUAAUAUGAUGGUGCUGGGACAGGAGCCCAGACAAACUACCAGUGUUCUUGGACAUCUUGUAAAACCCAGUAUUCAAGCUUUGAUUCAUGGUCUUAACAGACACUACUACAGUAUAGCAAUCAACUAUAGAAAGAAUGAGUUGGAGCAGAGAAUGCUGAUGAACCUGAACAAGAAGUCCUGGUCGGAUGGUCUCACGCUGAGAGAUUACAAGGAUCAUUGUGGUUUGAAUGAGAAGACUGUUGAAGAAAUGUUACAGCUCGCUAAGAACUACGAUAAGGCUCUAGAAGAAGAGGAGAAGAUGACCCCUGAGCAGCUGGCGAUCAAGAAUGUCGGGAAACUGGACCCAAAACGUCAUUUGGAGGAGAAGGUUGAUGUUUUGAUGACCAACAAUGUUGUCCAGUGCCUGGGAGCUAUGCUGGAUACAAUUGUGUUCAAAUAAAGGUUGGUUUGUGAUCGGUGAAACUAAAUACAUUUUACGCUAAAGAUAAAUUAUCUUUCCUCAUCGCCAUUUAAUUACUCUUCCCCUCCAUCAUUCACAUGCAAAUGAUAUAAUCCCCCCUCCCCUCCCACACAAAAAUAUUUUCCGUUGUAUUUUUGACAGUGUUAUAUUUCCAACAUUUAUAUGUAUAAAUUAAAAUACAUUAAUAAUUGUCAUAAUGAUAA